UUUGCAUAGAGAGUCUUAUGUUCAUUGCUGUUCAUUCCCCUUGAUAUAUCUUUGCAACUCCUUAUGCUUGCUACAUUGUCAGAUGUCUGUGCCAUGAUUAAUCACUUCUUCUUUAUGUAGAUGCAAGUCCUGCUGGAUCAACCACGAAUAAUGAUCCAACAAGACAUCCGGAGCUAGAAGCUGGUACAAACAUGAGAAAUUCAAUAACAAGCCCUUUUGUGAAACCAAAUCCAGGGAUAGCAAUGUGGUUGGGCUGUGUGUCUAUGAGGUGCAUUUUUCUUAGAACUCCUAGAGGCAGAGGAGCCUCAAAGCACAUCCCAACCUGUGGAAUUGACUCGUGGGCACAGGUUCCUGGGGUCUUUGCUCCCAGUAUCAGCACCGAAGGCAACAGCGCAGGGCAUUCUAGAAACAAUCUGGGUUCCAAAGUGGCCUUAUUCGCAGGAAUCAUAUCAGGAUGCGUCAUCUUCAUCGUCAUCAUCAUCACCUUGGUGGUACUGCUGCUCAAGUACCGCAGGAGGCACGGCAAACACUCUCCACAGCACUCCAAGCGAGGUGGCAACAACUCUGGCUGGGAACCCAGUGAUGUUCUCAUACCGCUAAGGACUGCAGAUAAUGUCUUCUGCCCACAUUAUGAGAAGGUCAGCGGGGACUAUGGGGACCCAGUGUACAUCGUGCAGGAGAUGCCCCCACAGAAUCCUGCCAACAUUUACUGCAAGGUCUGAGGCCUGGGAACUUUGCCUCCCAAGGGAACUCUCAUCUUGUUGUGGGCGCAGGGACUGCCUGAGCCUGGCUC